AGUAUUAAGUUAAUAAAAAAGAUUGUUAUAAUUCAACGAUAGUUAAACCACGUUAUAACGAUAGCAAGAAGAACGUAACUGCGUAUAUCGCAGACUUUUUACAUUCCUUACCAAGCCUUCGUUCGUCAGACACUAAUACAAGAUGGCUCAUCUACCACUGUUAAAGAAACUGGAAGAAUUUUUAGAAAAAGAUUUAAAAGGAGAACGGUUAUCUUUUAAAUGUUCAACGAAAAGAAAUGAACUGUUGGAGAGAAUACGCAUGGCAAUUAGGCAGGAGAGGGAAAACUUGGACUUAGAUAUUUUUUUGGAAAAUCAACGUCAGCGUACUGCUUCAUUAGAUCGGUCAGCGCUUCCUUUGCCCAAGCUUCCAGCUCAAGAUAAGGGACAUAUAUCUGCAACUCAGAAUGACGUCAUCGAAGGGCAAGAAGAAUUUUACAUGGACUUAAACGAAACGCAAGCCAUACCCGACAACAAUUUAAACUUACAACUAUCCGUACCAAGCGUAACGGGCGACGGAAGCGGUUCUGGUUAUGAAUCUUAUGCUUCAGAAGAUGAAGCUAGCAGUCGAACAAAAAAAGUGAAGGAAGAUGAAAAUUUACAACGAUAUUUCUCUGGGACCAACUGCGAUGUGUAUAGUGUGGUUUACGUGGAAAAUAAGACAUUUCUUACAGGGAAAAAAUGGCAAAAACGAAUUGGCAUUGUGCAAGAAGGUCACUUGCAGUGCUUUAAAAAACUGGGCGAUGUUCACCCGGUGUUGGAUCUUCCCUUACGUGCUUACACCGCAUUUCUGAGUACAAAAGAGGGGUUGCCUUCAAUCGUUGUUAAUUUAGAGGCAAGUGGUAGCGAUGGAGAUGGAUACAGAUUCUACUUUGACCGUUACUAUAUGAAUGAGUGGACUCACGUGUUAAAAGAAAAGGCUGCAGCUUUUACCGAAGCAGAUAACUUACCAGCGCCACCUGUUGCACAACGCCCAGCAAGUUCUAUGCCAGAACAUGGAGCUGUUAAACGAGUCGGGUCAAAGUCUGAUCUACCUGUCUUUGCCAUCAACGAUAAGAGAAUAGACGAUGGACCGUUGACAUCUCCUACAUCACCCUCCAAUGGUUUAAACAAUAUUGGAAAAGGCCUGAAAUCAGCGGUAACAGACAUAUUUAAAAAGAAGGACAACAUGAAGAAGAAAAUAUCUAUGGCGGAGCAAUUAGGAGCAGAUAUAUGUGGCAGUCUUAACGUCUACAGUGAUGGAAAAUGGCCGAAAAAACUUUGUACGAUUCGAGAUAAUACGUUGAAUGUAUUUGGAAAAGACGAAUCGCCAGAACAAAGUGUUAUUCUGCAUGGGUGUGAUCUUACUCCGGGAUUCGGAGAUCCUGUGAAGAAAUUCGUGUUUAAAUUAACUAAAAAUAAACAAGAUUUGUUGUUGAUGGAGGCUUCCAACUCAGCAGAAAUGGGAAAAUGGGUUGGAAUGCUAAUUGCUGAGACCGGCUGUGCUGAAAUGCCGGACCAUGUACCGGAACAAGAGAAUGUUUAUCUCGAAACUGAUACCUAUGAGUCAGUGAUGAACACAGCAAGAAAAGUUUUUCAUGAUACUGUAAAAAUGAAAAAAGAAAGAAAUCCACAUUCCUCAUCUUCCCAAACGGCACCACCUCCAAUACCAGAGGAAGACGACAGCAUUUACCUUGAAGUGGUUGCAUCUGCUCCGCCGCCAACCCUUGCGACAACACCAACGAAAGCCCACAAGCAACAAAAGGGUGUAAAUAAAGAUUGUGAACCAGUUGCAUCGACAAGGAAACAAAAACCUCGCAAUGGUGCUGCUCGUUCGCGUUCUGGUUCGUCAGAACAAAGUGGCGGAGAAUCAACCGUAAAUACCAACAAGAAAAAACAUAAGCAAGAUAAAGAACGUGGUAUACACAAGAAAGCUGCGGAGGUGGAUGAUGAGCGGGCAAAACAACAUGUUAGAACAAUUAACGUAAUUUCUCAAGUACCUACCCAAAAGAGUGUUAGUGAAGAAGGUUACAAUUUGAAAUCAAGAGAAAAUGCAUUAAAAGCCCGUAAACAAGAAAUACUUCAAAAUCUUAAAGUAUUGAGGGUAAAAAAGACAGAGCUAAAUCGAUAUGUCGAGGCAGCAAAAUCUGCCAAAGAGAAGUGCAACCUUAUUCGUCCACUGGAUGAAGUGAAAGAGAAUUAUACAAAGCUAGAAAAUGAACUUGUUAACAUUGAACGUGAACUACGAAAUGUUCGACGGCUGAGUAAUACUGCAAUUGAACAACCUUCAAAUAUUCGACCUAAAACCAAAGUUGGAGAAACAGCUAUACCAACAGGAAAAGUAGCAUCUCGAGCAAAGAUAUUCGAAAAUUUGGAAGCAAAGAAAUGAAAACACAACCAUCUGUGAAAAUGAAUUUGGACAAAUGAUCAAUUUCUUAAAGUCAUAUGAUUAGAAAUAAUUAAUGUGCAAAAAGCCUGCUGAUAUUUCUUAUUCAUGUUUUUAUUUUUAUCGUCGUGGGACGUUGGCCUUCCGGCGUUUAUCGUAUAUCUAUAUGCCUCAAAGGGAUGUAUGCACUAUGUUGGACUUAUAUUUCGUGUUUUAGAUUGGUGCAUUCUUUUACAAUACUAACAUGAUAAAUUGAACAUUUUAUAGUUACGUUGUUGGGUCUACCACAAGACGCCGAGUAAGUUUAAACAUUGCUCUUCACACAUUCGACAAACGGGUUAAUAUUUAAAAAGCGGGCAGUGGGUUUGUUAAAAAUACCUCUCAAGAUAUUUGAAAUAUAAAAGGAAAGACAAGAGAUCAAAGGUCUAAUGAGUGAGCAUGUAUCAAACCACUGAAUGGAACAAAACUGAUGCGGCCCACAAACACCUUCACGUACUUGGGAGUAACUAUACCCGGAAGCAACAGCAACUCA